GUUAUCAAAUGAUUGUCAUGUUCAAACAAGGCCCUACUCACUUAAUUGAUCUGCUGUGGUUGACCAGCCCUCAGCUGCUAUUACCGUCAGGAAAUAGUAAUUAUCGCUGAGCUUAGCUUACGUGGUGUUUUUUUUAGAUAUAUUCACGAGGUUUUACCUGGUUAGAUCAGUUCAAGUGUAGAUUCCAGUGCGUCAACUUCUACUCGGCAUUGGACCAUAGUUUCUCUCUACGCUGUUACUCAUCUAUUCCACCAAGUCAAAUUCAGUGCGUGUGCAAACCAAUAGGCAUCAAUCUGGUUUUCACAUCGUCUGCUGAGAGUAGGAAAAAGAUAUCCUGACAUUGAACCACCUGGGGCUGUGCUAUCAUAAAAGAAACGAGAGAAGUGCUCUCAGUUUGACAGCUCCAUCCCAUGAAAAGAAGACUUCCUCUUGCCUCAAACAAGCCUUGGUUGAGAUGCAUCCGUAUUUCCAACUAGUUUUCUUUUCCUUGUUGUUGCGAAUUCCUCUGGCUUUAGGAGAUUGUGUAGAUUUGGGUCUUGGAAUGGAAGAUGGAGAGAUUCCAAGUGAUAGAGUUACUGCUUCUUCUGAACAAAGCGCCAACACACCGGCCAAGAAUGGUCGACUGAAAUACACACCAGGAUCAUCAUGGUGUGCAGGAACAGGUGACACUAACCCAUAUCUACAGAUUGAUCUACAGACAAUUCAUAUUAUCUGUGCUGUGUCCACUCAAGGGAAUUCCAAAGCAGAUCAGUGGGUGAAGGACUACAAACUACAGUUAUCCACAGAUGGGACAUGUUGGAGAGACUACAAGGAAGGUGGAAAAGUUAAGGUGUUGAGGGGAAAUAAUGACAAAGACACAACUGUUAAACAUGUAAUUUAUGGAGUGUCAACAAGAUAUCUUCGAUUCCUGCCACAAACUCAGCAGGGUGGGGUGUGCAUGAGAACAGAGGUGUUUGGAGUGCGACAAGAACGAGUUUGUGAAAUGAAGGCCAUUGGUCUGGCCACUGGUGGUGCAAUUCCUGACAGCAGCUUCACAGCCUCAUCUUAUUAUGAUAAUAGAUAUAAAGCUUCUUAUGGUCGACUGAAUGAAAAUAAUCGCGGUUGGGCACCCAAGACUACGACCAAUCCUGCUGACUUCUUACAAAUUGACCUGCUGUAUGAGUACAUUAUCUGUGCUGUAGCUACCCAAGGAGCUAAUGGUAUCAAGGAGUGGACAACAAAAUACAAGAUCCAGUUAUCAUUGGAUGGUAUCACGUUUUUCACCUAUAAAGAAAACAAUAUUGCCAAGGUUUUUACUGGAAAUUCAAACCAAAAUGGCAUCAUAAAAAACAAUCUACAGGAAUUUGCAAGCGCAAAGUUUAUCCGCUUCUGGCCAACAGCCUUUAGUGUUUGGAAGGCUCUGAGGGUGGAAGUUUAUGGAAUAAUUCCAACUAAAGAUUGUACAACAGAGGCCAUUGGUCUGGCCAGUAGUGGUAUAAUCCCUGACUUCAGCUUCACAGCCUCAUCAUAUUAUGAAAAUAGAUCUAAACCUUCUUAUGGUCGACUGAAUGGAAGUAAUCGGGGUUGGGCACCCAAGAAUACAACCAAUCCUGCUGACUUCUUACAAAUUGACCUGCUGCACAAGUAUGCUAUUUGUGCUGUUGCUACUCAAGGAGCUAAUAGUAUCAAUGAGUGGACAACAGACUAUAAGAUUCAGUUAUCAUUGGAUGGUACCACGUUUUUCACCUAUAAAGAAAACAAUAGUGUCAAGGUCUUUCCUGGAAACGUAGAUCAAAACAGCAUAAAAAAAAACAGUCUAAAGGAAUUUUCAAGUGCAAAGUUUAUCCGUUUUCAGCCGACAGCAUAUAAUAUUUGGAAGGCUCUGAGAGUGGAAGUUUAUGGAAUAGUUCCAACUAAAGUUUGCAAAAUGGAGGCCAUUGGUCUAGCCAGUGGUGGUGCAAUUCCUGACAGCAGCUUCACAGCCUCAUCAUAUUUCGAUAAUAGAUAUAAAGCUUCUUAUGGUCGACUGAAUGGGAAAAAUCGAGGUUGGGCACCUAAGACUACGAAGGAUCCUGCUGACUUCUUACAAGUUGACCUGCUGUAUGAGUACGUUAUCUGUGCUUUAGCUACCCAAGGAGCGAAUGGUAUCAAUGAGUGGACAAUAAACUACAAGAUUCACCUAUCGUUGGAUGGCAUCACGUUUUUCACCUAUAAAGAAAACAAUAUUGACAAGGUCUUUUCAGGAAACUCAAAUCAAAGAGACAUCAUAAAAAACAAUCUACAGGAAUUUGCAAGUGCAAAGUUUAUCCGUUUUCAGCCGACAACCUAUCAUAACUGGAAGGCUCUGAUGGUGGAAGUUUAUGGCAUUCUUUUAACUAAAGUUCCAUCACAACCUCCAGCAGACUUCAAUUUGACUGCAAGCUCCUCUACUAGCAUCAUAGCUUCCUGGCAGCUACCACCAGUACUUGCGAGACAUGGAAGAAACAUCACAGGGUUUAAAUUGUUCUAUAAAGAAAAAAGUUCAGCAGGGUUAGAAACCACCUUGCUUAUCAACAGCGAAUCAACAUUAAGUCAAAAUGUUGUGGGACUUGAUAAGAACACAGAAUAUGAAUUUCACAUCUUAGCUUUUACAUCAGAUGGGGAUGGCCCAAAGACCCCGGUCAAGGUAGAGAGAACCAAGGAAGACGCACCGAGCGCUCCUCUUUCGUUUGCCUAUGAGGAAGUUGCCCCGAAUAAGAUGCAUGGUCCAAGAUUAAACUUGACUUGGAGCAAGCCAGCAGAAGCUAAUGGAAUCAUUAGGAGUUACACUCUGUUCUAUGCAAACAAAGAUGGUGAAACAAAGCAAAGUGUUGGAGGAGAUGCGUUCAGUUACUUGGUAGAUGUCCUGGGCGGAGUUACUUAUCAUUUCUAUAUCACAGCUGUAACUAUCAAACCGGGACAGAAUGCCACUUUUUCGGUGAAAACCAAAGAGUACGAGCCCAGCCGUGGACCAGAAAACGUAUUGUCUAUCGAAAUUGAGCGUACAGAAUAUCAGAUAUCCUGGAAUGGUUUGCCCAGAGAGGUUGCAAAUGGGUUCAUUAAAAUAUAUCAAGUGAGACUUCUGUUGAAGGAAAGUUGCUUCUCGGUUGACGCUUCGUUUAAUUCGACAUUCAACACAACUAAAACUGAGAUGCUGUUGUCCAGUCUCUCAAUCUGCUCAAGGUAUGAAGUGUCGGUUAGAGCCUUCACUGCGGCGGGACCUGGACCUUACAGCGAGCCUUUAAUGAUUCAGACUUUAGGUGAAGUUUGGUCCCGUGAAAAGCCUUCCCCAGCAAAAUUCUCUUGCGACGGAGGAAUCACAGCAAAAAUAACACUUCCAAAUUUUAUGGGACAUGCAAGUUUUUUCCAGAUCAUCGUCAUUACAUAUCGCUCAGACUACAAUGGUGUCGUAAACCCACCAGCAGAUUUUACAACACAAGAGCUGAUGACUUAUGAAGAAGCUCACAAAUCUCCAUUACCUGCAGCUUAUGUCACUUUCCAGUUUGGAGGAAAUGAUUUUAACAAUCACCAAGAAUUUACCGUAGGAGAUGGAGUCCAGUCAAACGGUAAAAUAAGGAGCAAGAGAAGUAAUGGUGAAGAGUAUUAUUACAACAGACCAUUGCACCCAAAUACGAACUACAGAGUGUUUCUCAGAGCUUUUGUCACAGAGACGCUGUAUACCUCAAGCAGUUUCAUAGCGCUGAAAACUAAAGAUAAGCCCGUGGUCAAGGAACUACCAGAAAAGACAACUAUAAUUGUUGGUGAAAAGGCAGAGUUGACAUGUGAGGCCAGCGGAGAUCCACAACCUUCUGUUACGUGGAGUAAAGAUGGAGAUACCAGUAUACCACGGGCUAACUUUAACAAUGAUGGCAAGGUACUUGUUAUCAGGGACGUGAUACCUCGUGAUAGCGGUGUCUAUGAAUGUACAGCAUCGAACAGUUUUGGAGUGAGCCAUUCAGCUACAACUUUGAUCGUGACUGGUAAACGAAGCAACUUCCCUGUUGCUGUUAUCGUUGUGCUUUGUGUUUUUUGUGUGUUGUUGGCUGUCAUUGGCGUACUGGUAUACAAGUGGAAGUAUAGAAGAGCUGGAAUCGAACUAAAUGACAAAACAAACGAUCAGAACAGACUCAUCUAUGAUGUCAUGGGUCCUCUCGACUCUUCGUAUGAGGAACUUGCGUCUUCUCCAGGACCUUGUCUUCAACUCCACUCGAUGUCUUCCGAAGGCGAAUCGCCUGCAUAUCUUGAAAAUAGAGCGUUUGAUAGCCAAAGUGUGAGCUUUGAGAAAGAAACUGGAGAGAGAGAAGGAGAAGACAGGGAAGAAAUUGUUAAUGACACAGGAAAUAGUGUGUGUUGA